CACGGGUGUUACGCAAGAGGCUGUAAUGAAGGGGCCCCAGCCCGCAGCAUCCACCAGCCCGCCUCCCGCUGCCCUCCCCAGUGCCGGCCCUGCGGCUCCGCGGGUUGCGAAAGCCCCGGGAGUACAUAAAGCAUUCCCUGCCUGGGCACUGCCACCACCAUCAACACCCGGGCUCCCAAGAGGCUCCAGGGACCGGCACUGUCUGGACAGGAUGGCCCACACACAGAGAGCUCUGCCCUGGCUGCUGCUGCUGUCACUGGCCUUGGUGGGCAGCAGCACUGCAGAGCGGGACUGCCGAGUAAGCAGCUUCAAAGUCAAGGAGAACUUCGACAAGACCAGGUACAGUGGCACCUGGUAUGCCAUGGCAAAAAAAGAUCCUGAGGGGCUGUUUCUGCAGGACAAUGUGGUAGCCCAGUUCAGCGUAGAUGAGAAUGGACAAAUGACUGCCACUGCAAAGGGCAGAGUCAGACUCUUCAAUAACUGGGAUGUCUGUGCUGACAUGAUCGGCUCUUUCACUGACACAGAGGAUCCUGCCAAGUUCAAGAUGAAGUACUGGGGAGUCGCCUCUUUUCUGCAGAAAGGAAAUGAUGAUCACUGGGUAGUGGACACAGAUUAUGAUACAUAUGCUCUUCAUUACUCCUGCCGCCAGCUAAAUGCAGAUGGCACUUGUGCUGACAGCUACUCCUUUGUGUUCUCCCGGGAUCCCAAGGGAUUGCCUCCAGAUGCACUGAAAAUUGUCAGACAAAGGCAGAUAGACCUCUGCUUGGACAGGAAAUACAGAGUUAUCGCCCAUAAUGGAUUUUGCUCUUAAGGAGAUCCAACCCUAUGGAAAGAAGCCAUGUUACAGCACCAUGGAUGUAAAGUUAACACACUGAUCAUGUGUUCUCUGGAAAAUGCUUUAAAUGGGUCCAUUUAGAUUUUCAAUAUAUUUAUCUGAGCUGUGUAGCUCACUUUGUUAAUAAACCAAUGAAACAUUUUAAUAAACUUGGAUUACAAGGGAUACAAAUUGUAUGCAAAUCUGUACAUAUGUACACAUUGGUUUCAUUAGUAGUCUGUUAUCUUAGUGCACUCUUUUGAACUGGUGACUGGUGAUAAUUAAGAAUUUAAUCUUGCUUUUUGUAGUGGUUUCAAUUUCUGGCUAAAAGAGUAUUUAUCUUAUAAACCACCAAGUACAUGUAUUUUCUUUUCAACAAGAACAUUAUAUUUUCCCUAUAAAAUACUCGGAAUCAUUUAGAAAAGAGAAAGGAAUUUCAGUGACCCUAAAUAUCACUAAUUAACUUUAUUAUAUGACUUGCAAAGACAUAAAAAAUAUACAUAUUUUUAAAAGAACUAUUUUACACAUGACGAUUAACCAUUUAUUUAUUUAUUCUUUACUUAUUAAUUCUCAUGUAUUAAGUCCAUAUUUUUAAUUUGAGAUGGAACCAAACUAGUCAUUUACUUGAUGAUAACACAUGUUCAUUACCUUGUUUCAGUUAGUCUGCUCAAACUUACAUUCAGGCAGACAGUUAUUGAAGUUUUUAAUCAAGUUCCCUUUAAAAACUGGAUUUUAAAAAAAGCAGAUACUUUCUGAGGAUGAACAUUUUCACUAGAAACUUUUAAGUACUUAAUUCAACUAUUUUACAUUCACCAAGUUCAUUGCCAUAUUUCUAUUUAUUUCAGCGUAAGAGGAGAAUUCAAUCCCUUAAAUUAAAUUGUCCAAAUCCUACUGAGGCAAAGCAAUGAAGUCAAGAGAAUUUUACCCAUGGGAAUUAAAAAUAUGUAUUUAGCUUUUUCCCUCCUCCUCUGGCAUGUAAUACUAUAACAUAAUGACCUAUAUGACCUGGGAUAGCAUAGACAAAAUCCAAAAUGUGGCAUAGCUCAGACUUUAAAUAAUUAUCUGGUAAUGAAAGACAAAUGUGGCUGUUCAUGGUUGCUUCUUCUUACAGUGGUUUCUGUACCUGCUCUAUGCCUUUCAGCGUUCCCUGUACAACAGAGAAAAAUUUCCUGACAUUUACGUCUGAAAUAGGCAACAUUAUACAGAAUUGGAUUGACAGCAGAGUUGGCAAAAGUGAAUAAUACUAUCCAGAAGAAAACUGAUGGCAAAAUAUUUAAAUCUUCUUUGAAGUUCUGAACUAAAAUUAAAAAAAUAAUUACUACU